GAACCACGACAAGAAUUUUUAGCCAUAUUUCUCCUUCUAAUUUCCGACACCAUUUCCCGCCUAGCCUUUCCAUUCUCACUCGAAUUUCUCACUCGUCCUCCUCCGCCGCCGCCGCCGCCGCCACCUCCUCUCACACCUACUCAUAGUAAUUAAAAUAAUGGACAGCGUGUAUACGGCAGUGUACUCGGGCAUUCCGGUGUACGAAAUGAUAUGCCGAAGCAUCGCGGUCAUGAGACGACACUCGGAUUCCUGGCUCAAUGCAACACAGAUCCUCAAGGUGGCGGGCAUUGAAAAGGGACGGCGGACAAAAAUCCUAGAGCGCGAGGUGCUGAACGGCGAACACAACAAAAUACAGGGUGGCUAUGGCAAGUACCAGGGAACAUGGGUGCCGUAUGCCCGCGGCGUGCAGCUGUGCCAGCAGUAUGGCGUCUACGACUUUAUGCGGCCGAUCCUGGAGCACGACCCGACCGAGUCUGGCACGCGGCCAGACCGCACACCGACCAAGGCAGAGGUGCGCAAGCGCCUGCGCGACAGCAGCCAGCAGCGAAGCUCGUCAGUCCACGGCUUGCCGUCAUCGGUGCGCCGGGACCGCGUGCCAGACUCGGCCAGCACCAAGCGAUUCAAACCCAGCUCGAGCAAUGCCACCUCGCCGAUUAAUUCGGAGCUGGGCGGGUCGCUGUUUGGAGCGCCGCAGGUGUUUACGCCGCACGCCGAUGCUGUGGCAAAUGGCUCUGUCACAUCGUACCGCAAUUUGCCAUACAAUAGCUCACCGGCAGUCAGGCCCGGAGGCAGCAGCAUUGGCCGUGGCGGGUAUCAGACGCACAAUGAAGAGGCAUCGUCUGCGACGGUGACCGACUCUGAUGUGCUGGGCAAUGGCGUCCGAGUGGAGCAGGACCGCAUGCUGCUGAUGAACAUCUUCCUUAAGGAAGACCAGAGCUUUAUUCCCGAGUGGCUGUCGCAGGUUGACGAGGCCGAUGAUGCAGUGGAUCUGUCGACCAAGGUGAACGUCAACCUGGUUAUCGAUGACCAAGGCCACACGGCUGUGCAUUGGGCAGCAGCCCUGGCACGCACACACGUACUGGAUCUGCUCUUGUUCCACGGCGCCAAUGCGCGCAAGGUUAACUACGAGGGCGAGUCGGCGCUGGUGCGCGCAGUGCAGGUCACCAACAACUACGAAAACCAGACGUUCAUGGAGCUGCUGGAGCUGCUGCACGACACUAUCCCGCUCACCGACAAGCAGAACCGCACUGUGCUUCACCACAUAUCGCUGGCGGCUGGCAUUGAUGGGCGUGAGAAGGCGGCCAGAUACUAUGCCGACUGUCUGCUGCAGUGGAUUGCAGGGCUCGCCGACGGAUACCAGGUUGACGGCGCAGACACUAAUGUCAAGCAGGAAAUUAGCAGCGACUUGCAGCCGCCGUCGCCCAGCCGAACCACCGCUGGUAACCAGAAAACAACCAAAACUAGCCUGGACUCUACUGUGGCCAGUGAGGCGUCCAGUCAGCAGACGGCUACUGAUAUGCACUUUGCGACGCCGCGCCAGCAGCCAAAAGCUCAAGCUCCGGUGAGUGACCAGAACAGCAUCCCAAUCUCUGGUAUUGCUGCUGCCCGCAGCGCCGAUUUCGCUGCGUUCCUGAAUCUGCAGGAUACCAACGGCGAUACUGCUCUGAACCUGGCUGCGCGCAUCGGCGACCGCACCAUGAUCCGCCUCUUGUUAAAUGCCGGUGCUUCGCCUACUAUCGCCAACAGGGUCGGUCUGCGCCCGCUGGACUUUGGCGCGGACAAGAUUGCCGCUGGCGAUGCUGAGCUGGAUCCGCUGGGCGAUUCGAAUGGCAUGCUGGAGGAUAUUGUCUCACUGUCCCCUUCAAAUCGCUCAGCUACACAUGGGCCGUUUAGCAGCACACCGUUGGCAGCCCCACAGACACCGAUCCGCACCGCUAUGCGCACCACAGGCAAGAACCUUCUUGCGUCCCUGAUGGGCAGCGAGGCUUCGUAUGGGCCACCCACAAACGGCCUGGCCAAUCUGGACGACAGCGAUGACGUGUGGUCGCCAUCGUCGGCACAGCUGCGGAUCCACGAAUCGGUGCAGACCAUCCAGCAGCUGAUGACUGAGAUGGAGUCUGAUUUUUCGGGGGAGAUGCGCAUCAAGCAGGAGCGCCUGGACGGGAUCAAGCUGCAGCUACGCAAAACAACCAUCGAGCUAGCCAAGGCGCGCGAGACCAUUUAUCACCUGCACUCGAAGACAUCGCAGCUGGGCGAGGUCAAGGCGCGUGUCGAGUACCUGGAGGAGACGCUGUUGCGCGAGACCGCUGCUGUGCGUGAAGCUAUCAGCGCACUGCCGCCCAGUUCAAAGCCGCGUCUGGAUCUGGAGAAGCUACUGGACACGCUGCUCAACAGUCCUGAGAAUGCACCGGAGCCACACAUGAUUCUGCCGCUGGUGCCCGGCGGAAAGGCCGACGAUGAAUUGGAGGAGCUGGAGAAGGACCCGGCGAAAAUGCGCGCGGCCGUUGAGCGUCUGCGGGUGGCAAACCAGGUGUACGCCCGGCGUGACGCUUUGCUGCGCGAGCGUGUCGAAGCCUUGCGCAAGCGGGCGGAUGUUUCCGAGCGCGAGCGGCAGUACCGCCAGAUCAUUGCGUCGUGCUGCGAGAUAUCAGUUGCCGAUGUUGAUGUGUGGAUUGAUCGGCUCAUCUCAGCCGUCAAUGCCAACACGGAGCAGGACAACGCGCUGCCCGACGGCGGAGAGCUGAACUCGACGGUUGCUGCUGCUGCCGCCGCGGUAGCAGCAGCAUCUACAGCCAAAAAGCAGCAGCAGCCGACUUAGACAUGGUCACGUGUGUCCGAGUCAGCCAAUCUGCGCUGCAAUGGCUUUUCUGAGCAAGCUUGCUUGAAAACAGCGCAUAGGGGCGAGCGUUCCUCCCUUUUCUCGCUCUUUUGGCUCAUUCAAUUUAUUUGACUUUUUUUAUUUCUGUACCAAUUCGAUACCUAGUCAUUCGCAA